ACUCAGUCUGGGAAUCUCUGUCUCCUAUUCACUGGGUGCCCAUCACCCGUGGUGUCCACUGCUAGCUGCCUCUGUGAGUCCCCUGUCCUUGUUCUGAGCUUGCUGCUUGCCCCUGGCCUCUUUUCAGACCCAGCUCUGAUUCCCUUGGGUUAGGUGUGACCUUGACUGGGCCUCCUGGGAGUCUCUUUCUGGCCAACAUCUCUAACCAGACCUACUUGGCUGGGACUUGGCCUGGGCCGGGUUGGCGGCCCCGCUGAGCCUCCCUGACUGACUGCUCCUCUCUCUACCCAGGCCCAUCAUGUCUGCUGCACCCGGCCUCCUGCACCAGGAGCUGUCUUGUCCUCUGUGCCUGCAGCUAUUCGACGCGCCGGUGACGGCCGAAUGCGGCCACAGCUUCUGCCGCGCCUGCCUGAACCGCGUGGCUGGGGAGCCGGCAGCAGACGGCACUGCGCCUUGCCCGUGCUGCCAGGCACCCACGCGGCCACAGGUGCUUAGCACUAAUCUGCAGCUGGCGGGCCUGGUGGAGGGGCUGGCGCAGGUGCCUCAGGGCCACUGUGAGGAGCACCUAGACCCUCUCAGCAUCUACUGCGAGCAGGACCGCGCGCUGGUGUGUGGCGUGUGCGCCUCUCUCGGUUCUCACCGUGGCCACCGCCUGCUGCCCGCCGCGGAAGCCCAUGCACGCCUCAAGACACAGCUCCCGCAGCAGAAGCUGCAGCUGCAGGAGGCAUGUAUGCGCAAGGAAAAGAGUGUGGCCCUGCUGGAGCAGCAGCUGAUGGAGGUGGAGGAGAUGGUGCGUCAGUUCCGGGGGGCUGUGGGGGAGCAGCUGGGCAAGAUGAGGGUGUUCCUGGCUGCACUGGAGGGCUCCUUGGACUGUGAGGCAGAACGUGUGCGGGGUGAGGCAGAGGUUGCCUUGCGGCGGGAGCUGGGGAGCCUGAACUCUUACUUGGAGCAGCUACGACAGAUGGAGAAGGUGCUGGAGGAGGUGGCGGACAAGCCACAGACUGAGUUCCUCAUGAAAUACUGCCUGGUGACCAGCAGGCUGCAGAAGAUCCUGUCAGAGUCACCACCACCUGCCCGCCUGGAUAUCCAGCUGCCUAUCAUCUCAGAUGACUUCAAAUUCCAAGUGUGGAGGAAGAUGUUCCGGGCUCUGAUGCCAGCGCUGAAGGAGCUGACCUUUGACCCGAGCUCGGCCCACCCGAGCCUGGUGCUGUCUCCUUCUGGCCGCUGCGUGGAGUGCUGUGAGCAGAAGGCGCCGCCGGCCGGAGAGGACCCAUGCCAGUUUGACAAGGCCGUGGCCGUGGUGGCGCACCAGCAGCUCUCAGAGGGCGAGCACUACUGGGAGGUGGAGGUGGGCGACAAGCCGCGUUGGGCUCUCGGUGUGAUCGCAGCGCAGGCCAGCCGCCGUGGCAGGCUGCACGCUGUGCCCUCGCAGGGCCUCUGGCUGCUCGGCCUGCGUGAUGGCAAGAUCCUGGAGGCACACGUGGAAGCCAAGGAGCCGCGUGCCCUGCGCACCCCAGACAGGCGGCCAUCGCGCAUUGGUAUCUAUCUGAGCUUCAGCGACGGUGUCCUCUCCUUCUAUGAUGCCAGUGAUGCCGACGCACUGGAGCUGCUCUUUGCCUUCCAUGAGCGCCUGCCUGGGCCUGUGUACCCCUUCUUUGAUGUGUGCUGGCAUGACAAGGGCAAGAAUGCCCAGCCGCUGCUGCUCGUGGGGCCUGACAGCGAGGAGGCCUGAGCCUUUGCCUCAUUGCAUGUAUUUAUCGACCGUUUAUAUUUCAGCUUAUAAAAAUUGCCUGUUCAUAUUAUUGUUCA